AUGGGCCGCCUCUACCUGGCGUGGUGUCACGGGCAACCCAUCGCGUUGUUCGAUCCAGAGACGUUUCUAGACUCCCUCACGUUUCGAGAUCUGGAGCUCAUCCUGGCGCUGCAAGCCCUCAGUCUGCGGUAUCCCCCGAGCACCUUGACGCCGCAAAAGCGGGAAAAGCUCGACUCCAUGGAGCGCGAGUCGCGGAGCGCCGUCAUGAAUCGCAUCGCGAGCUCGGCCGUUGAGCUUUCCACAUUACAGACUCUAUGCAUACUGAGCAUGGUUGAGUUUGCAGACGGCAAAAUCGCACAGGCAGGGCUUCACGUCGCCAUUGCCAGCCACCUGGCGCAGAGCGUUCAGUCCAACAGCAUGCUGGGCGAUGCAGACGAGUUUGACGAUUGUGUCCGAAGUAUCAUGAUGCUGCAGAACCUGCAAGGAUGCAUUGCGCCUGCCACGGGCCCCGGAAGUGCCCUCAUCGGGGGGCAGCCGUCGCCCAUCUCGCAGAUGCACGUCCUCUCUGGCGCCGGUGGCCGCGAGCAGCUGCAGCAACCACAGCCGCCGCCACCAGGCUCCGUGACCGGGUCUGGUGGCAGCCAAAUGGACGCAGGAAUCAUGCGUUACGUGCUAGAGCUCAGCGAGGCAUGGCGCAUGGCGCGGUCCUACGCGGCCUGCCGCGUGAGCUCGGACGCGCCGCCUCCGUGGAACCAGCACUCGGACUACUCGAGCGUCAUGAACCUGCACCUCGAGUUUGACUGCCGCGUGCCCCUGCGGUACCGCUUCGCGGCCAAUAAGUUCGCUGAGCAGGACGCCGGCGACCUGGAGCGCCGCCGCGACUACUGGGGUCCCUGGCUGUACAUACAGAUCAUCUACGCUCUGAUCCCCUGCAUCGUCAACCACCCGUUCCUGCUGUCGAUGCGCCUGAAGAACUUCCGCCAAACCCUGCCGCAGUCGUUCAUCCACCACUCGUUCGAGUACAUCAACCGCCACGCGGGCUGGAUCAUGUACUUCAUCAACAUGCUGGAGAAGAAGUCGUUUCAGAUUGCGGACCCGGCACUGGCGCACUGCAUCGCGGUCGUGGCGACGAUACAUCUGCAGCACAGCUUCGUCAAGGACAGGCCGCUGCGUGACAAGGCGCAGGAAGGAUUUGAGAAGUGUAUCAGCUUUCUGCGACGCAUGGGUGGCACCUGGCCCUACAUAUCCACCAUGGCAAACAACCUGGCCAAGCUUCGAGAAAGCGUCGGGCUGCUGUACUCGCCCCCGGCGGCGCACGACGGCGCCUCGCUCCCGGACGAGCGCGACUCCUUCUCCAUCGACGCCCAGCUGCUGUGGGACAUUCUCGUGUACGAGCGCGCCGGCCGGCCCGAUGCCGGCGCCGACCAGUCCAUCUUUGGCAAGACGCUCAAGGUCGGCACCAAGGUGCGUGGCGAGGACGACGUGCGCGCCGCCGCCGAGUUUGACCUCGUCGGCUCCGCGGGCAUCUCCGGCCACAAGGCCGUGUCCAAGGAGACGCCUGCCUACGCGCCCAACGAGGACUCGGCCCCGCCUCCGCCGCCACCGCCGCCGCUGCCGCCACUUACAACGGGCGGCGUCGGCGUGCUGGUGGGCAGCAGUGGUGGUGGGAUGGGGGACAUGGGAGAGGAUGGGACGGCAGGGCCGAUGCUAGUGUCGGUGGAGGAUCGAUUCUUCGAGGGCAUUGGUGGCUUGGACGGCGAGGAGCAUCUGUUCCUGCAGGCGAAUGACUUUGGCAAGGCGAUUGAUACCUGGCUGAGCCAUGAUGUAUUAUGA